AUGACUACCGACUAUGCCGCACUGUUGGCAUCAGCACGGGCCACCCUCCUUGCACGGCGGCAAGAGGAGGCGGCGACAAGGACAGCGGCUGGCCAUGCCCUGGUCUCCUCGCUCCAGGCAUCGGCAGCACUCGCCGCAGCAGCUGGUCCUCCUCCGCCUGCAGUGGCGGCGGUCGAUGGUGAUGCAUAUCUGAGGCCAUCGCCAAAUGAGGCUGCCGCUGCCGUGGCAAAGUCAACCGCAGAGUGGCGCGCUGCCCGCUUGCAGCAGGUCCGUGCUCAGGAGGCUCUCCGUGCCUCGCUCGUCCGCGAUGCCUACGCCGAGAAGACCGCCCUUCUGAGGGCUGAUCGCGAGGCCCGCGCACAGGCUCUGGCUGCCGAGGCCAAUGCUGCGCGGGCAAAGGUGCUCGAGGACGAGCUCGAGCAGCACUCGCAGCGGCUGGGCAAGGCUCACCAGAAUGCUGCCCUCGAGGUCCGCCGCGCCGUCGCCCGCGAAGGCAACGAGCUCAAGGCCGCACUGGCGGCGUACGAUGCCCAGCAGGAGCGGUACCUGGCGGCGCUUGAGCGUCUGCGCGGGAGCAAGGCUGCUCAGUCGGCGCGUGCUCGUGCUGCGGCGCAGCGGCGGGAGUUGGUCAAGGACAUCGAAGCGCAGCGGGCGGCAGCCGCAGCCGCAGCAGGGGCCCGCCGUCGCGAGGUAGCCGCAGCCGAGGCUGGCGCUGUUGUCCCAGACCUUCCGCGCGACCCAAUGGCCGCCAUCCUCGCCGGAAAGCCAUCGCGAGCGCUAGUGCCGGAUCCAGCGCUCAAGUACGCGGUGACGAGGUUCAACGCGGCGCCGCUGGUGCCCGAUGUCACGCUUCCGCCCGAGGCCAAGCCCGCUGUUGCACCGCGGCCGCGCGAGACUGCGUUUGACGCCGCUGAGCGGGUGCGCACGACCGUGCGAGCCGAGGCGAGCAAGGCUGAGGAUCGAGCCCGUGCCCGCGGCGACGCAGCCAUGGCCAAGGAGACCCGCGCGAGGCGCAACCAUGCGACUGAGGAGCUGCUUGUUGCCGCCGAGCGCGAAGACCGAAAGCGCAAGGUGGCCGCUACCGUCAAUCGCGCCCGCUCGCUGGUGGCGCAAGGUGGGCACAAGCUCCGUUCGGGCGUUACUGACAUUGACGAGCGGCGAAAGCAUGCUGAGCUCGAGGCAGCGUUCGAGGACAUGUUUGUGCCAUCGGCCUCGCCGCCGCAGGGAAAGGUUGACGCCCUUGGUGCGCUCGUCUGGCAAGAAGCAGCGCCAGGCGUCGAGCUCCCGCGCCCAUUCUCGCCGACGCCAACACCCGCGCCCGACCCAGCACUCGCGUUCGGUUCGCCGACGCGUGACUCGCCCAUCAAGACCGAUCUGCGCGACGCAGUCGAUGCGUACAAGACAGCCCGCGAGGACGCGGUUCGUGCCGACAUGGCCGGCUCGCCGUCGGCCGACCCGAACAACGCCGACGCGCGUACAGUUCACAAGCCGCUCGACCUGCUCCGUUUUGUCCGCGAGACCGCGUACGACGUCGAUGACACUGGGUUCGAGGCCUCGCCAUCACACCUUGCGCGACUGCAGGAGACUCUUGUCCGCGCUCUUCCCGCGGUCUCGGCUGAGGCACUCACGUACUCGCCGUCCAAAGUCCAGAUCCUGGCCUCGACGGCCGAGAUCGGCUCACCAGCGUGGAACCCGGUGAUGGACGCGCUCGCAGCCGGGCGGCUACCGUCACCAAAGAUGGAUACGCCCGAGAAAAUGACGAUGGCCUCGCCGUUUGCGGUCACGCCGCUCUCGCCGUCGCCGUCGCCCGAAGACGCGGCAACAGCGGGGCGCGACGGUGACAAUGAGCAGCCCGCCUCGCCGGUGGCUUCGCCAACCAAGAUGCAAACUUCGGCCUCGUCGAUUCGUGACGAGUUUACCGCCUUUCGCCAGAGCAUGACCAUCCCACUGGGCGGAGUCGACCUCGAGGCGUCCGAGUCGGUCAUCCGCGACGUCGCAGCCCGGGAGGAGGAGCGUUCGCAAGUGCUCGACUUGUUGCUUACCAGCAUGCGGGCGUCACCCAAGCCCCAGGCCCUUGAUCUUGUUGAUCCGCCGCUCUCGCCCGAUGCACAGGCUCGGGCCGCUGCCAAGCGCGCCGAGCUCGAGGCCCGCUCUGCCGCACGCGCCGCCGCCGUCAAGUCGCGCGCCGACGCCCGCAAGCGGAGCCGCGCCGAGCAGCCUACGGGCGCCGCUACAGGCGCCGCCACAGGCGAGUCGCGACAGUCCGCGCCACGUGCCCAGACGAGGCCUCGGCGGGCUAAGAUCAACAAGCGCGAGAUGCAGGCCCGGACACGGCGGAUGGUCCGCAAGCUCCCCGAGGUCCAGGCCCGCGAGCGAGAGUCGGCCAAGGCCCGCGAUGCCAAGACCCGAGUCGAGCGCGCCCGGGCAUAUGAUGCCGAGCUGCGGAAGAAGAAGCGGAGCCGUGCAAAGGAGCCAAGUUUGUAA